GAUCAGAAAAGAGUGGGACAUGACUGAGCGACUGAGCACACACACACACAAACACACACACCCCUAGUCUGUGUCUUCUUCCAGUCCGAGGGCAAGGCUGGGACAGAUAUCCACCUCUAGAGAAAGUCCUGGGACAGAUAUCCACCUCUAGAGAAAGUCCUGGAAACAUCCUGGAAUGGGGCAGCAGGCCUCCAGGACUCCGGAACAGAGGGGCCCAGGAAGCCCGACCAGUCAGGCAGGCCACGUCAGCCCCGCCCUCGCCACCCAGGCUCCCCCGCAGGGCAGUCAGAGGUUGCUGCCUGCUGGCCCCACACGCGCGCAGGCAGAUCCUGGAGGGCUCCCAGAGGGCAGCGGCUCCUGGCACCGCUCCCACCUCUGCCCCUGGGGGCCAGUCCAGCUGCUGGGGGCAGGGGGGUCAGGCAGAGCCUGAAAGCUGUGGGCCUGCAGUGGUGUCGCUUGGAGACUGAGAAGGAGGCAGCUGCAGGUUCUGAAGAGACGAAGAAAUUGACAAAUCCGGAUGGCCACCAUUGAUGGGAGAAUGGUCUCCAGACGCCGGGGAUCUGGCCGGGGGCGCCAGGGGAGCGGGGCCUGCCUGGGCUCCCUGGAUGACCCGCCGUGCGAGGGGACUCAGCUGGCCAUGCUGAGGAGGGCCCAGGAAUUCUUUCAGACCUGUGACACCGAGGGCAAGGGCUUCAUCGCCAGGGCAGAUAUGCAGAGACUCCAUAAGGAGCUGCCCCUCAGCUUGGAGGACCUGGAGGAUGUGUUUGAUGCCCUGGAUGCUGAUGGCAAUGGCUUUCUGACCCCAGAGGAGUUCACCACUGGAUUUAGUCACUUCUUCUUCAGCCAGAAUAACCCAAGUCAGGAAGAUGGAGGUGAGCAGCCGGCCCAGCUCCAGGAGGAGAAGGUGUAUCAGAGCAGAGGGGACGAGGACCUGGGCGACAUGGACGAAGAUGAAGAAGCCCAGUUCCAGACCCUCAUGGACAGACUUGGAGCCCAAAAGGUUUUGGAAGAUGAAGCUGAUGUCAAGCAGCUCUGGCUGAGGCUCAAGAAAGAUGAGCCUCACUUACUGUCCAACUUUGAGGAUUUCCUGACCAGAAUCUUCUCACAGCUCCUAGAAGCCCAUGAGGAGAAGAACGAGCUGGAGUGCGCCCUGAAAAAGAAAAUCGCUGCCUAUGAUGAAGAAAUCCAGCACCUCUACGAGGAGAUGGAACAGCAAAUCAAAACUGAGAAGGAGCAAUUUCUCCUAAAGGACACGGAGAGGUUCCGGGCCCGCAGUCAGGAGCUGGAGCGGAAGCUGCUCUCGAAGGAGCAGGAGCUGGAACAGCUGGUCCAGAAGCAGAAGCGGCUGGAAGGCCAGUGCACCGCCCUGCACAAUGACAAGCACGAGACCAAGGCUGAGAACACCAAGCUGAGACUCACCAACCAGGAGCUGGCACGGGAGCUGGAGCGGACGUCCCGGGAGCUCCAGGAUGCCCAGCAGCAGCUGGAGAGCCUCCGGCAAGAGGCCCACAAGCUCCACCAGGAGAAGGAGAUGGAAGUGUACCGUGUCACCGAGAGUCUACAGCGGGAGAAGUCGGGGCUCCUGAAGCAGUUGGAUUUCCUGAGGGAAAGGAACAAGCAUCUCCGGGAUGAACAGGACAUACGUUUCCAGAAAGACAAGGCGGCCAGGGCAAACACAGCUGCUUCCAAGGCAAGCUGUAAGCAGCGAUCUGGCUCUGUGAUCGGCAAAUACGUGGACAGCACAGGGAUGCUCAGAAGCCAGUCCGAGGAGGAGGAGGAUGUGUUUGGCAUCCAGAGGCGGAGAAACUCCCUGGGCCUGAGUGGGUGCCCCAUUACAGAAGAGGAGCCGGGGCCCGGAGGACCGCUCACCCGGCGGCUCCGCAGGAUCAUCUCCAUUGAAGAGGACCCCCUGCCCCAGCUGCUGGGGGGCGGCUUUCAGCAGCCGCUGAGCAAAUGCUCAGAAGAGGAGGAGGCCUCCAGCCAGGGGUUGGAUGGACAAAGUGGACGUACCCGACCUCUGGGACUCAUGCCCACGUCUCCCCGAGGGCAGCCUGUGGGAAAAGAAGCCCUGUCUGAGAAGGAAGGCUCCCUGUCCACCCCAGACCGGCUCUUCAAGAUCGUGUUCGUGGGCAACUCCUCCGUGGGGAAGACGUCUUUCUUGGGCCGGUUCUGCGAUGGCAGGUUCUCCCCAGGCUCGGCAGCCACUGUGGGCAUCGAUUACCGCGUGAAGACGGUGUGUGUGGACGGCUCGCGGGUGGCCGUGCAGCUGUGGGACACGGCGGGGCAGGAGAGGUAUCGCUGCAUCACCCAGCAGUUCUUCCGAAAGGCUGACGGCGUCGUGGUCAUGUACGACCUCACGGCCAGACAGUCCUUCCUGGACGUGCGGCAGUGGCUGAGCAGCGUGGAGGAAGCUGUGGGAGACCGCAUUCCUGUUCUUCUGCUGGGCAACAAAAUUGACAACGAGACAGAGCGAGAAGUGCCGCGGGGCCUGGGAGAGCAGCUGGCCAAGGAACACAACCUGAUCUUCUAUGAAUGCAGCGCCUAUUCCGGUCACAACGCGGAAGAGUCUGUGCUCCAUCUGGCCAGGAUCCUCAAGGAGCAAGAAGACACGGUGCGGGAGGACACCAUUCAGGUUGACCGCCCUGCCAAGAAGAAAGCCUGCUGUGGCUGAUACAGGCCUCCCGCCCGGACCUGAGGCCACGGGGCCGCCCUGCCUCCUGCACACAGGCUCCUGCACGAAUGCCCCCACCAAGACCCACCGGACCUUUGUCUCCAUCGGCAAUGGUCCCCCCACCACCGUGGAAGGAAAGUGCAACCCCAAGGAGAGCUGCUCUCUGGACGUCUCGGGGUUUUUCCCUCUCUGCUCUGUCUGGACCCAGGUGUUGCUUCCAUCCUUCUUUCUCCCCCACCUUGGUUUCCUGGGGGAAUGGACAGAUGGGCUUUUCCAGAAAAGCCACCCUGUGCCUUCUCCACCUCCCUUCUCCCCACCCUGCCCUUAGGAGCCUGGCACUGACGUUGCCAUGGCAACUGUGCAGGGCAGACUGGCAGCUUCCUGUAGGUCAAAGACACGGGACUGGGCAAUGCUGGGCGAUCGGUCCAGGCUCGGAGCCUGUUCUCUGGAUGCCAGUGGACACCCUUGGCAUGUGCUUCAUGGGCCUUGAGGUGCCUACGGGUGCUGAGUCCAUCAAACCGAGAUACCUGCUUCCUGUUGCACCUUCAUCCCCAGGGGACUGCUCCUUCCCCAGCUUCAGGGCCCCUCCUUUCUCAGCAGCCGCCCGGCCUUGGUGUUUAUCCCCUUGGGUUCUUUGGAGCUGCACCUUACAAAAGCCACAGCCUUCCCCCCCACCGCCCACCUGCUCCCCCGACUCCACAGGGUGGACUGUGGGUGAUCAGUGUACACCGGGGGUCAGGGAGUGGGCUGACCAACUGCUUAACUUUGACGAGGAGAUGAAAAGAAAACCUGGGCAACAAAACCAGCUGCUGCUAAACAGAGUGCCCAUGUCUGAGGGUAUCAGGAAGGUACACAGAGCCGUGUAAAAGCCAUUUUCUAACUGUUUCUCAAAAUAGCUCUUCAAGAAUUGUACCUGGUGAUUAUCAGGGUAGAUUGACAGGCAGGCAGGGAGGCCCAACCUUGGGUCUGUAGUUACUGACUUCAUUUUAUUUUACUUUUCUAGAAGGCUAUAUUUUUUUUCAAGUGUGGCUGUGAUGUUGACAUGUGGGGGGUUCUGAGCAGUGAGCAGAGGGUAGCUGCCGACUUCGGCACCCCUGUGACAGCCCCUGAGCAGGGCACUUGGAGGAAGGACACUGAUCUGGGCUGGCGUGUGGUCCGGUCCGCUGGCUUCCGAGGUCCCAGCCCUUGGCAGCGCUCCAGCGUCGCUGACUAGAAUCCCGGACUGGUGAGGGCACUCUCACCCUGACGGGAAGCUUGGAGGCAAAGAUCAUGAACGUCACUGCCGCUGACCCUUCUAGGGCUAGACCCUGGCCCCACAUAGGAAAGUGGGUGAAGUCCACAUGCCCUGGGACAUGCAGGAAGGGAGGGGACAGAAAGCAUCCACAAGCCACCAAGAUGAUUCAAGAAAGCUGCACACAGCCAGCUGGGCGGGGUCGGGGGCAGUCACGGGCCAAGAGCCCCCAAGGGUGUGCCUAUGCCUCCUGCCCAGACCUGCCAGAGGGUCAGAGACCACAGGCCACAGACAAACACCAGCUUCCUUUGUUCAGGCUUUCUGUCUCGUCCACUUUUGUAGGCACCUGGGAGUCCCCGGAGGGUGGGCGACAAGAGCCAGCAGAGUGCCAGGAGGCACCCAGGAUCCUGAGCAGUCCUGCUCCCUCCUGGGCCCGCCUGGCAUCAGCAACAUAAGGGCUUUGGGGGGCUCUUCCUGCUCAGAUGGCUUGUGUUUAUCAUCUGAUGGACUCUGGACCCUGGCCCCGGUGUGGAGGGACUCACACGAGGUCCUUUCCCUAAGAGAGGGGACUGCCGGUGUCUCACUAGUGAGAUGGUCACCAGCAGUGUCUGCAUGUGAUCGUGUGUCUGUGUGUCUGUGUGUGUGCCUUUAUCCGCAGCCCCUCGUCCCUAGCCUGGGUUUCGAGUAGGGUGGGAUGACCCUAGUGCCUGGCCUGCCAGCCUGUGGGGUGAAUCCUCACCAGUCCUCAGGGAUCCAGGCAGAGCGAGGGGCAGGAAGGUGGUCAGGCCUCUGCGGCUCCCUUCUCCCUGCCCACCUGAGAAAACAUGGCGUACGGGGACUUUGUAGAGACUCUGAGAACUUCUGUGUCCCUGUAUCUCAGCUACCCCUUUCGCCCUAUUCUUAUAAAGCAACACUGUUGGACACCAGCCCAACCUGGAGCCUAGCAUAGGGUGCCAGCAAAGCCUCCCUGCUCCGACCCCUUGCUGCGGGAAUAACUCUGAGCAAGUCACUUAAGCAGGUUUCCCAUGUGUCUGUGGACAGGAGGUUUCCACGUGGACCUCUAGGAAGGCUUUGGGUACCGUGGGAGGCAGUGCAUGUGAAGUGCCCGGAACACAUAGGUGCUGACAAGUAGGGGCUAUUGUCAUUGUCAGGUCGGGUUUCUGCCCAGAACAUUUGUCUCACUUCGGUUUCAGAGCGAACACUAAGCGUCUUCCCGUAACUGGGCGCCUCCCAGACACCACCUUGUUUUUGUUUCCUCUCGUCUGGCUCUUUGCCCGACUUCUGAGCUCGUGUCUGGUGUGACCUCCUGGCCCUGCCCAUCUUUGUCCUGUGGGCUUUCUGGUUUUCCACUCAGCCCUCAUCCUGCCACCUUCCCUCCCUGCCACGGUGCUCCCGGCCCUUACCCGGGGGUGCCCCGCGCUCCCGGCGCUUACCCUGGGAUGCCCUGUGUGUGUCACCAUCCCUGGCCCCUCGCUGGCCACUCCCAUUCUGACUGCUGGGGCCUCUCCCAGGUCAGCUGCUGCCUCUGCCCAUGAACUCCGGCACCAAAUCAACACCCUGGUGGCUUUGCUCCUUGUCCAGCGCGCACUUCCCCUUUGGGGUCUUUUCUGCUCCUCCCGGCUUUCUCCCACCUCUCCUCUGCCCUGUACUGCUCUUUCCGCAGUGUUCACGCCUCUGCCCAAUCUUGGACUCCCCUCCAGCCUCCCCUUGCCCAGGUCUACUCCAGGCCACACCUGUAUCCUCCAUCAUGGACGGCUCAACCCUUUGUUUCUGUCACUAGCAGUCCCUACUCCAAAGGAUCUUAAACCAAUUUCAGCUAAGGUGUGCAUGCCAGUGGUGUUCAGGGCCAUAUUUGUAUUUUAACAAAGAACUCUAAGAAAGGCAUACUUGAACCCAAAGGAGUAAAUCCCUAAUGGUAGACUAUUAAGCACCAUAAUGGGUUAUGGGGUCAAAUAUUUAAGACAGAGCUGCUUCUCCUAUGGGACUUCCCUGGUGGUUCAGACGGUAAAGCGUCUGCCUACAACGCUGGAGACCCGGGUUCAAUCCCUGGGUCGGGAAGAUCUCCUGGAGAAGGAAAUGGUACUCCUCCUAAAGAUCACAGUUUGCUUCAUGUACUUUUGGGCUCUGUUUCUAAGUUCCUGUAUGUUUAUAAUUGUUUUGUCUUCCUGACGGUUUGACCCUCUAUCAUCAUAAAAUGUGCUUCUUUGUCUUUAGUCACAAUUUUUGUCUUAGAGACUGUUUUGUCUGAUGUUAGUAUGGCCACUCUGGCCCUUUUGGUUGAUACGUCUUCUGAAUGGCAUAUCUUCUCUGUCCUUUUACCUUCAACCUAUUUGUGUCCUUGAAUCUAAAGUGGGUCUCUUGUAGACAGCAUGUAGAUGGAUUCAUGUUUUCUUUUCUUCCAAUCUCUGCCUUUUAAUUGGAAUGUUUAAUCUGUUUAUAUUUAACAGAUGGGUAAAGUAUGAUUUAUGUCAGCCAUUUUGCUAUUUCUGUAUUUCACAUGUCUUUUUUGUUUCCUAUAUUUCUCCACUACUGCCUUCUUUUGUGUUAGUUAUUUUCUAGUGUACAACUGUAAUUCUCUUGUGAUUUUAUUUACAAUGUGUAAUUUAUUUGUUUUCUUGGUGGUUGCCCUGAGGGUCACCAUUAAUAUCUCAAUUUAUUACAGUUUGGAUUAAUAAUGACUUAAUUCCAAUAAUAUAAAAAAUUUAUUCCUAUAUAAUUCCAUUCCACCCUCCUUUAUGUUGUUAUUAUUAUAAAUUACAUCUUUAUACAUUUUAUGCCCAUCAACAUAGAUUUUUAUUUAUUGUUUUAUGCAAUUGUCUUUUAAGUCAGAAAAAGGGAGUUACAAAUGAAAAAUAUGUUUAUAUCAUCUUUAUGUAAUUACUUUUACCAGUGCUUAUUAUUUUUUCAUGUUGAUUGAAUAUUUAGUAUCCUUUUAGUAUCCUAUUUAGUAUCCUUUAUUUCUGUAGUAGUUCUUGUAGGGCAAAUCUGCUAGAGACACAUUCUCAGUUUUGUUUAUCCAGAAAUGUUUAAUUUCUCCUUCACUUUUAAAAGAUAGUUUGACCGGAUAUAGAACAUUUGAUUGACUGACAGGGUUUCUUUCCCAUCAGUACUUUGGCUUUACCAUCCCGCUGUUUCUGGACACCAAGGUUUCUGAUGAGAAGCCAGCUGUUCAUCUUAUAAAGGAUCAUUUGUAUGUGAUGAAUUGCUUCUUUCUUACUGCUUUCAAAGUUCUUUGUCUUUCUAUAGUUCGAUUCUUAUGGGUCUAGCAACAGACCCCUUUGAGUUUAUCCUACUUGCAGUUGGGCUGAGUUUCUUGAAUGUAUAAAUUAAUGGCUUUCAACAAAUUUGUGGAGUUUUUGGUUAUUAUUUCUUAAAAUAGUCUUUCUGCCCUUCUAUCCCUCUCCCUUCCUUCUAGGACCCUAUUAUACAUAUAUUGGCAUGCUUUAUGGUAUUCCACAGGUUUCGGAGGCUCUGUUCAUUUUUCUUUAUUUUUUUAAAGUUGUGUUGCCAGGACUGGAUAAUCUCAAUUGUCUUAUCUUCAAGCCCACGAAUUCUUUCUUCUGCCUGCUCAGAUAUGCUAUUAGGACCCUCUAGUGAAUUUUUCAUUUUUUACUUUUAGUGAAUUUUACUAUUGUCCUCAUCAACUCCAGAAUUUCUGUUUGGUUCUUUUUUUUAUAAUUUAUGUCUUUUUAUUGAUACUCUCUAUUGGUGAGAUAUUAUUCUCAUGCUUCCCUUUAGUUAUUUAGACAUGGUUUCCUUUAGGUCUUUGAACAUAUUUUAGAUAGCUGACUUACAGUUUCAAAGACUCCACAGUGGUAGCCAUCUGCCUUGUGCACAGAGCGAGCUCUGCUUGCCAUCUCCUGCUAUCUUCCUUCCACUUCACCCAACAUAACCAGGACUCUGGUCUCAUUCCGUAGCCCCAUACUCAACUCCUCCACAGAGUCUUUCUUCUCUUCUGGAUUGGAGGAGGACCUUAAUAUCAGAAGAUAUAUGGAUCUGAGAAACCCUCCCCUCCACCUUGAGCUUCUGGCCACCCUGCUGGAGAUGAGCUGCUCAAGGACACGUCCAGUUCCUUGGGGAAGUGAAGAGAGACCAGGGAACCUCAGAUAGCUGUCCCCUUCCUGCUAGGAAUCCAGCCAUUCCACAAAGCUUCACUCACAAGGGACAGGUGUGGGAAGAUUGCAAAUCAGAAGCUUAUUUAAAAAGUAGUUUAAUUACUUCAAAAUCAUGAAAUCAUAGUACAUAAGCAUACAAAACCCAAGACGUAAGUGGCCUGUUGCUGACAGGCCCUAGGAGUCCUGCCAUCUGGCCUUCCCAUAGUCUGGGGAACAGAAAGUGGCUCUUCAAAUUCCAGCCAACUCAGCCAAAAUCCAUAGUUAUGAGAUAUUCCCUCCCUCCUCAUCCUGGGGUGUGUGUCGGUGGGGAGGAAAUGGUGGUGUUGGCAGAUUGUGGGAGCUUUCUAAACCUCCCCACUUCCUAUUAAUAGACAUAAGAUUCGCAGCCGUGGCAAUAACAAAGAACAUCAUAACUCCACCCUUCACACAAUGCAGUGCAGCCACUUAAUCUAAGUGCCCUACCUAGGAAGAACCUCUUGGAAGUGAUGGGCUUUGGGAAGCCUUAUGGUGCUCAGCAGAGGACCUAAAGUCAAUGUGGAAACUGAGCAGCAUUGGAAUAGGCUGGGCUACUUAUCAUCCAUGGGCAGGACUGCGUCAGGUUCAAGAACUGACCCCCUCAGGGGGCUGGACUUUAUCAGGGCUUUGGCUCUGGUUCAGAAGUGGGCCUUGCAGGUUCUUGUCACAGCACCAGGAAAGUCCACUGCCCAAAGUACAAGGACUCCUAGGACCAGUGAGGCCUGUGCUGUUAUAAUGGAUUAUGACUGGAUCCAUCUGACCUAUAACAAUAAAUAAUACACAUAAAAACACUGCACUGCUAAUCAAAAAUGCCCAAAGAACAUGGACAGAGAGAAUGGGAUCUUUUUUGACUUGCAAAGAAUUAAAAUGUGGUACUCAAGGGGACUCAUAAUGAGUUUGGAUCAUGUGACCAUGGAACUGGGGUUCAAUGCAUACAUGUAACAUGAGGUCAAGGGCAGAAGAUGGGGGUGCUGCUGCGACAUUUGGUCCAAGGGUUGCCAGGCUGCUCUGUAAAAUUACUGUGCAGUGUUUAUUUAUACAGAGUGAGGGCAUAAACAUCCAUCUCUGUCGCCUCACGUUGGGCACACUGUCUGGCCAGCAGCAUUUGGCUAAAGAUCCAGUUGAGGGCAGAGCAUCACGAGCACUGGGUGGGUCACUCGGCUGGUCACCUGGACCCUUAUGGCCUGAUAGACCCAUGUGGUUUGCCCGCUGGUUCCAAUGAGGAGCUGCUUCAGCUUUAAAACAAAGUGUCCAGGAGCGUUCCAGCUGCCGAGGUCUGAUUGCCUUUCAGACUCUGUGCGGCCCAUCAAAGCAUCCAUCUCAUUGCCCUGAGCUGCCCCGGCUCCCGCUGGCAGCCAUCCAUGACCCACAGGCAGCUCGAUCGACAGCUCAAUUUGACUUGGGCUUCAUGCCUCUGAGCAUUAAAAGAUGCUUCCCUGCUGGCGCUCUUCUUUCCUGGUGUGGAACCAGCCACCUUCACCCAGGCGGUCCCCUCCCGAAUGCUUUCUCUAAAGACCUGUGCAGAGUGCGGACCUGCAGACAUGUGUGUGGCCGUGGGCAGAAUCUGGACCCACCUGCUGCUCUGAGCCCCAGCUUCCCAGGCUGUAAAAGAGUUCUCUCUGCCCAGCUGCGCUCACCAGGCAUGGACAGGUCAAAAGAGAACUCUUGGGGACAGUGCUUAGUCAACCAAAAAGUUCCAGACAAAUGUUAGUUAUUACCUCUGUCCCUCGUGAAGAGAUCAGAACAAAAGACAAUAGGAAAGAGAGAAAUCCCACAUGCCUGGGUAACUGGGAGAAGCUGGGGUCUCGGGUAAGAGCAUUUCCUAUGUCUCUGGGCAAAUAGAACAAGGAAAACCUGCAUUUCUCCAAGCUAGAGAUUCCGUCUAAGAACAGAAUACUCUGACUUCCCGCCCUCCGUGGAAGGUGGACUGGGGGCCGGAAUCCAGACUCCAGGCUCCCCCACCAUACUGCCUGCAGGGUUCAGGUCUCAGUCCCUUUCCUAUUUACUAGAAGCUGGCAUGUAACUGACACUGGUUGGGUGGAUGGGUAGAUUUAAGAUUUUAGAUAUUAAUACCACACUCCAGAUAGAGCCAUCUUCACCAGCAUGGUUUGUAAAACACUUGCACUCUGCGAUGAGGCCCAAGUUCUGGCCUUGGAGGGUAGAGAAAGGUGGUUGCACGUACUGCUGUGGAUGUGCUAAUCAAUGCUUCAGGACUGUACACUUGCAAAUGGUUAAAACUGUAAAUAUACA